GACGUCAGAAUCCCCUGGUUCUUGUUUUGUCGCGUCGCGUCGCGUCGGUGUUGUUGUGAUUGUGAAAGCAAGCGCUGUGCUGUAUUUCUGUACACAUGCUCUGAAUCAUAGCGCAGACCGAGCUCUUGACGUCAGCUGUGCGAGUCUUCUCAGCGACCAAUCAGAUGCGAACAAGCAGGCGCCGCUGUCUGUGAACUGCCAACGCGUUAUGAGCGGAAUGACAAGCCAAGGCUGACCGCAGCCCAGAGAUGCGCUUGGCAUGGGACGCUGUCCUGAGCCUCAUCUAUUCUUCAUCUUCACUUGAUGGAAGAGGGAUGGAGACACGAGCUCGUUCUGUGUGAUUCACCCUCCUGCUGUAGCGAUGAGUAACCUGCUCCAAAACACUUCUCUUUUGAACUGGGAUGUAUUAGAGGGAAGAAACGCGUCUGCUGCCCCGUCCUGGGAGCUGGAGCCGGUGCCGGCGAUCGUUAACCCGUGGGACGUGCUGCUGUGCGUGACGGGAACGCUCAUGUCCUGCGAGAACGCAGUGGUGAUCGCUCUGAUCGCCUACACGCCCACCUUGAGAGCGCCUAUGUUCAUCCUCAUCGGGAGUCUAGCGUUUGCUGACCUCCUGGCCGGCCUGGGCCUGAUCCUCAAUUUCAUCGUAACUUACAUAAUCGAUUCGGGAUUUGUCACGCUGCUGUCGACGGGGCUCGUCAUCACAGCCUUCUCGGCCUCUGUGCUCAACAUCCUGGCGAUCACCGUGGACCGUUACCUGUCGCUGUACAACGCAUUGACGUACCACACCGAGGGCACGGUGAUAUUCACCUACAUCACACUCAUCCUGAUGUGGGUCAUCAGCACCGCGCUCGGUUCGCUCCCCGUCCUGGGCUGGAACUGCUUGGAGGACGAGAGCACCUGUAGCAUCUGUCGACCGGUGAACAAAAACAACGCCGCGGCUCUCGCCGUGUCCUUCCUCCUGGUCUUCGCUCUCAUUCUGCAGCUGUACCUUCAGAUCUGCAAGAUCGCUUUCCGGCACGCUCAGCAAAUCGCCGUUCAGCGUCAGUUUAUGACUACCUCGCACUCAUCUUCCACCACGAAAGGGGUCUCCACCCUCACCACCAUCCUUGGCAUUUUUGCGUUCUGUUGGAUCCCUCUUGCCAUGUACUCGCUGGUGGCGGACACCCGGACCCCGGUGAUCUACACCUACGCUACGGCUCUUCCGGCCAUCUGCCACUCCAUCAUUAACCCCAUGAUAUAUGCGUUCAGGAACCCUGAAAUUCUCCGAUCUUUGAGGAUUGCUUGUUGCUGGUGCAUGCCUUACAGUUUCACCAUGCGACCCAGGACACCCAGCGAUGUGUAGCGUCUUCAGAUUAAAGCACAGUGUGGGCGGUGGCCUGUCUGUAAAGCACAUGGCGCAUAUAAUCCACAUAUUGUAUUCCAGUGGAGUGGGUGAAUAUUUUUUUAUUUGGCCGAUUUGGUAGCACUUCAUAUCAUUGUGUCCAUGUUACAUGUACAGUAUGACAUGAUACUAUGAUUAAUUGGUAAUUAGAAUAAUUUUAUAUAACAUC